AUUUUGUAGUGCAAAAUUACUGAAAAAAAAAAAAACUAAUGAGAGCCAACCAGGUUUCUCGUCCUUCCUCCCAGGUUUCUCUGAUCUCCCUCUGUUUAUCUUAUGUUCUAGUUACCCUUUCCCUUUGAAUUUAUGGCGAUGUUGGCUUAGGUAGCAGUGCAGUAAAUUGAAUAGAAGGGAAAGCAUAGACAUAGACACAUGCAGAGGAGGCCAUGUGGGUCUCAAAGCUCAAGAACAUGAGAUGGUCCGCCAUGGUUUUGGGCACUGCCAAUUCCCUGGUGCUCAUUGUGGGUAUCUAUUUUCUGGUCUUGGCUUUCCCUUCUUGUGAUCGCGGCCUCCUCGUAAUGCUUGUGGCUGUUCCUUUCUUGGCUGCUCUCCGCAUUGCCACCAUGGUCAAGACUGGUUUAGCCCAACAAGCCACUGCCAAGACCGUUCUUGAGGAAUCUCCAGCUGAUACCCUUGAUGUUCUAGAAGAUGCUUCUCGACCCGAAACCAGGGUGAGGUACAAGAAUUGGCUUUGGUGGACUCGAUUUGCAACUGUUAUUACAGUACUGCAAUUUGUUGGUGCAUCUUAUCUGCUGUUCAGUAUGGUCAACUACAUGAUCCACUCUCAAAACAAAGCAUUAAGUUAUUGUGUUUUGGUGGCAACUUCAAGCAAUAUUUUGUGGAAGCAACAACUACUCAUCUUGUUUGUGAUCACGGUGUGUUUGGCUGCACUGCUACAAUGUUUUACUGGAUCUAAUGUUUCAAAAUGGAGAUCCUUUUAUGCAACCCAAGAUGAUGCAUGGAAAGCUCAUUACAGGGAGGUAUUUGAUCAUGGUAUUCGUGAGGCCUUGUGCUGUAUGGGACGAGUCAAAUACUUGAGUGUAUUGGAAGAAGAUGAGGUUUUCUCAGUAGCUCGACUGCUGGGUGACCUUGUUGCCUAUCGUGCAGCAGGCACAGGACAUCUGAAACUUAUGGCAGGUCUCGCACUAUUGCGGAACCAGAGCCAGUCACCAAAAUCCUUUGACGAGUGCAUGGAGACACCUGAAGAAAAGAUCAGGGAGGCUGCAGAUCUUCAUAAGUUUGCAGAAGCUGCCUACACGGGUCCAUUACUUGAUUUUGGAAGACACCCUUUCUUAUUUCCUUGUGCUUGGCUUUAUAGGCAAGGGAUUUUGACCCCAUGGACUCGUAACAGGCUACCCAAACUUGAUGGUGAUAAUUGGUGGCGAGGUCAUGCAGCGGCGUUUCUAAAAUAUGUUAAGUUAUCCCCAGAGGUACUUAGACAAGGGCGUGUUAACCAGGCAAAGUGUAGAGCUGCAUACUUUGUUAUAGUGCUGCAUCAUCUAAGAUCCGUGGUGAUUGCUGUUCGGGGAACUGAGACCCCAGAAGAUCUAAUUACCGACAGCUUAUGUAGGGAAUGUCGUCUUUCUGCAGAAGACUUGGAUGGAUUGAUAAAUUUUGUUUGCAGUAGCUGUCUUCUUCAACGCGAUGUAAAAGAGAGCUUGAUGUCUUUCCCUCACCACGCACACUCUGGUAUAGUUGAGGCUGCAAGAGAUCUUUUUAUGCAAAUUGAAGGCUCUGACUCAACUGGCCUUCUUUCUUCUUUAUUGGGAGCUGGAUGUGAGUGUGGGGGAUAUAGCAUUCGCAUAGUGGGGCAUUCCCUAGGAGGUGCGAUUGGUGCAUUGCUAGGACUCAGACUGUAUCACCGAUACCCAAAUUUGCAUGUCUAUACAUAUGGCCCCCUUCCAUGUGUGGACUCAGUUGUAGCAAAUGCAUGUUCUGAAUUUAUUACGAGCAUUGUAUACAACAAUGAAUUUUCAGCACGCCUUUCUGUUGGAUCUCUCCUGCGGCUUCAAGGUGCUGCAAUUACGGCAAUGUCAAAAGAUUCAGAAGCCAAUUCAGCUAUGAUAUUGAGGCUUGCACGUCAUUUUCUUAAUGUAAGCAAACAUCAGAAAGAUAGGACUCAGGUAAAGGAUCCAGCUUCAGAUGCCAUUUCUGGGGCAAUCUCUGCCGAGAAGCUUAGCCACCAAAUCUGCAGACCUCAGUUUGAUAUAAAAGCGAGCGAGGAACAAGAUGAGGGUUUCCUUGCGUGCAAGGAUGCUCGCACAGGUGAAACAGAUUUUGGAGCUGAUAACGAUCAAUUUACUAACCCUUUCGCCAGUGAUGCCAUUGCAAAUCAUGAUCCUGUGUCUGAGUUUAUGGAAAGUGUCCCCAGAUCUGAUAGUGUGUCACCUACCGAUCCCCCUGAGAUGUAUCUGCCAGGCCUUGUAAUUCAUAUAGUAGCACAGCCGAGGAACUUCGAUAUGCCUAUUUGGAAAGGCUGGGGAGUCCACGAGAAGACACAAUCUCACAAAGCUUAUAUUGCAGACAGAGAAAGUUUCAAAGAUAUGAUUGUGUCACCAUCAAUGUUUCUCGACCAUCUUCCUUGGAGAUGUCACGAUGCAAUGCUAAAAUUAUUGCAAGCUCGGAGCUAGCAGGUUCGAAAUACCCAGGUUCUUCCUAGUGAAUCUCCAAUGGCGUGAUUUAUGUGCAUUGAUAUUACAUAUAGGCCCCCUAUGAGAAGACUUGAGACACGCUCCUUUCUGCCCUUGGGAGUUCAGUUUCUUUGGCGGAAAUAACAUGUCUAUAUCUUGAACACUGGUCACAGCUGCUUGUGCCGUCACAGUUGUCUGUGAACUGAUGUCCGAAAUGCAGCAUUUCAUAACUGAGGGCAAUGGCACUUGGAAGAGUAUAUUUAUUCAUCAAAUAUUCUUAGGUGGGCUUCUUCAACUAAAUCUCAUGUACAUUUCACCAUCAAUAUUUAGUUUGGCCAUUUUGCUAGAAGCCUGAAUGCUCUGGGGCAAGGGAAGUAUGGUGGUACAAAGUGAUAUAAAAAACUUAUAUUGCAGAUUGAUGCAGCCUGAAUUAAAUUUCAGUUCUUUACACGUUCAUGUGCUAGUAGGUUACUUCACACGUUGAUGUGCUAGUAGGUUAAUCGAUGAAUAAUUUGACAAGAUCAAUCGACUUCCCUCGUGUUUUUGAAGCAACACUUUCUAGCAUGUCUUUAAGUAUUCAAAUUUGGUUGCCCA